AUGGAGAUGUCAUCAGUACCAAACACCAUCUACCUCUACAUAAUCCUCAACAUCAUAUACAUGCUAAAGAAGUACAUGCCCAAGGGACUUUCAUCAACUCUGAGAUUACAUGUUGAACUCUUGUUCAAAUCAACAACUCUCACUGAAGAAAAGAUGAAGAGUCCUGUGAACCAGCAGAAAGUUAUCAGCAGAGAAGAUGUGGAGAUGAUUUUGGAGAAGAUGAAGAUGUCUUGUGUGAGUACUAGUAAUGAACCACAGCUUAGAGAAUACAUGGAUUUUGAUGAACUUGCGAGCAUGUUUGAAGAGAAGGAACCAAGUUUGAUGGAGAUGAAGGAUGCUUUUGGUGUGUUUGAUGAGAAUAAUGAUGGAUUCAUAGAUGCAGUGGAGUUGCAGAGAGUUUUGUGCAUGUAG